CUGUUCUGCCACUCACAUACUGGACUGAGUCCAUUUCUUUAUAUGUGGCCUGGAAGGGCGUCUCCUCAAAGGAGAAGCUUUACACAGCAGCCGUGUUUCAUGCAAGAUAAUGCAGCGUCACACACUUUGCUCUGUGUGUGUGUUUGUGCGUGUAUGGUCAUUGUUGGAAGCUGUUGCUUGGUCAGCCGUUCUCUAUUCCCUUGCAAUGGCAGAGCUAACAGCACUGAACACUGCAUAUGCAGUUCACCCAGUCUCUCCGGCUAAUCAAGCAGUACCCUGCAUCAGUGGAUUUUACCUUGUAGAAACUCAUAUAUUUCUUUAUUUUGGAGAGCUUUGGGUAACUAUCUUCAUGUGCGAGUUCACGCAGCUCAACAGUGAAAUCUCGAAGGGACUUUUUUGGUCUCCUGGCUUAAGGACAUCUGCACUAGCCAUGUCAGCAGCCAUGAGGGCUUGAUUUUGUGAGAACACUAUUGUGAAAGAGUUGGUUUUAAAAAAGCUGGACAAAGGUUGUCCUCUCUAAUUAAACAAAUCCUCUGAUGUCUGAGAAGAAAUCGAAAGAACUGCAUCAUGCUGACCAACAGGAAGACGAGGAAGAAGCGACUGCGGCCGUGUGCAUGGAGUCCGAUCUCAAGGAUGGAGAGAUGAUGGAUGUGGAUGUUGGGGACCAUAACAUCCUGUUGGUGAGGUGUGACGGGGAAUACACGGCCAUUGGUAACCAGUGCACCCACUACGGUGCUCCUCUGAGCACGGGAGUAUUGGUGGGUCACAGGGUACGCUGCCCCUGGCAUGGUGCCUGCUUCAACGUGAAGACUGGAGAUAUGGAGGAGUAUCCGGCCAUGGACAGCCUGACCUGCCACAAGGUAAAAAUUCUGGACAGAAGAGUGUAUGUGACCGUAAACAAAAAGGCUCUAGGGCAGGCCAAGAGAGUGAAGAAGAUGGGAGCCAGAGAUCCUGAAGUGAAACAUACUGUGAUUCUACUAGGAGGAGGUUGUGCCUCAGUAAUAUGUGCAGAGAUCCUCAGGCAGGAGAACUACAGGGGAAGAAUCAUUAUGGUGACCAGAGAUGACCUCCUUCCAUAUGACAAAACCAGGCUUAGUAAGGUGAUGAACGUUAAGAGUGACAGCAUCUUGCUCAGGAGAAUGGAAUUCUACCAAAAGUAUGACAUUGAAGUGUGGCUGAAAAAAGAGGCUUUGUCAAUAGACACCGACAAGAAAUCAGUGGCGUUUAAUGAUGGCACCACAGAGUUCUAUGACCAGCUCCUUGUUGCAACAGGUUGCAGGGCUAAGGAGCUGGACAGCCCCGGGGCAGAGCUGAAGAACGUGCUGAUGCUGGAGACACCAGAGGAUGCCAACCGCAUUCAUAAUGCCUGCAUGGGCUGCAGGACAGUCAUUGUGGGCACCUCCUUCGUUGGCAUGGAGGUGGCAUCCUAUAUGAUCGAUAAGGCUAGCAGCAUCACUAUCAUUGGCUUCAGUGAGCUGCCCUAUCUGAAGACACUGGGGCGAGAGAUAGGGAAGUUCACCAUGACGGUGUUGGAAGAGAGGGGCGUGAAGUUUUACAUGAAUGACAGUGUCACUGAAGUCCGGGGCAAGAACGGAAGGGUUAAAGAGGUAGUGCUGAAGAGUGGCACCACUGUGGAAGCUGAUGUGUUACUUGUAGGGAUUGGGAUCGUACCUAACUCAGAGUUUCUUAAAGGAAGUGGGAUCAAGAUGGACUCUAAGAACUAUGUCACUGUGGAUAAGUACAUGAGGACGAAUGUAAGAGAUGUCUACUGUGCAGGAGAUCUAACCUCCUUUCCUCUCCAAAUGAUCAAAGACCAGAGCGUCAGUGUUGCCCACUGGCAAACAGCACAGGCACAAGGACGGAUUGCUGCUUUGAACAUGCUGGGCAGACAAGUCGCUCUGAACACUGUGCCAUUCUACUGGACCGUCCUGCUGGGGCAGACCAUUCGAUAUGCAGGGUAUGGCGAGGGAUACACUGAUUUAGUACUGAAAGGUCGCUUUGAGGACAUGAAGUUCUUAGCAUUUUACAUCAAAGAUGAUGAGGUUGUGGCUACAGCAGGCUUGAACGUUGAACCUGCUGUUUCGGCCGUGGCCGAAAGGUUCGCAGCGGGGAAAGUGAUUACAAAGGCGGAAGCAGAGUCAGAUGACUUGAGCUGGUUGAAGCUGCCCACCGGUAAACACUGACAGCAACAUGAACUUCUUCAGUGUUCUUCUCCUGCUCCUUCUUCAGUUUCUUCAAUCCAUCAUUCAUUUGUGCCUUCGUUCCUUAAGUGGAAACCAAUACUCGGAGGACAGCUACACUGAGGGAAGAAGUCUUCUUGAAGUCACUGUGCAUUGACAGUUGAGUAGGCAGAAUGUAGUGUCUCAUCAGGGAGCUUCGUAUAUGGAUCAUUGUGAGCUUGGUACUCUUACACUCACAGUCAGAGGAGAAAUCUC